UCUUUCAACAUGGCUUCCCCCAGUUGGAGAUCUCUGGUGGUUAUUCUUCUUGUUGCAUACCCAGUUUUCACACUCGGUGAUACAUGCAUUGGAGCUUCUACGGACCAUAAGGUGUACACAACAACUGAUGCAACUAGUUCUACAGAGUCUGUAUUUCUCAUUGAGUUCACACUUGUCUGCAAAAACAAUGCCAAGAACUUGUUUUUGAAUGCGGAGAUCUCUGGCAAGCAGCUCCCUGUUUCUCGUUUUGGAGACAAUCAGUAUCAGGUAAGCUGGACUGAGGAACAUAAGAAUGCACCAUCUGGUAACUAUGAAGUGAGAUUCUAUGAUGAGGAAGGAUUUAGUGCUCUGAGGAAGGCCAUGAGAGCAGGGGAUGAUUCUGCCAAAGUCAAGCCAGCCUUCACAAUUAACGUGGCUCACAGGGGUGUGUCUCAUGGACCAGUUGUAGGCACCGAGAUGAUAGCAUCUGGCUUGGCACUCCUGCUAUGGUACUCUGCUUAUCGGGCUAAGAGCAGGAUUCAAGCAUAAUUUAGCAUCAAGCAUCAUCUUAUUUUCAUCAAAAUGUCAUAAGAUAAAUCAUGGAAAUAAUAUACAAAUAUUGUAGUAAAACUAGCCUCCCGAGGUGAUCCAUGGACAUUCUAU